AUGCAACACAUGCACAUGAUGCCCGUCAUGCCUCACGACGACGAAGACAUGGACAAGCGAAAAACGCCCUCGUCCUGGGACCCCCACGAUGACCUGCUUUUGCGUCAUCUCAAGGAGACGCUCAAGCUCGGCUGGAAAGAAAUCGCGUCCCACUUCCCCAACCGAACCCCCAACGCGUGCCAAUUCCGAUGGCGACGACUCAUCAGCGGCACCCUGCGAACUCCACAGCCGCUCCUUACCCUGAUCCCCCUGGACCAGCAGCAGCAGCAGGGCCAACCCCAGGGUCAACCUGGACAGAUGCAGCAGGCUCAGCAGAUGCAACCCCAGAUGCAGCAGCGACCUCCUGGAUCAUUACAGCAGGGCCCCCCUCACGGCCAGAUGCCUCCCCAGGGCCACCCCCAGCACCCCCAACAGCAACAGGCUGCGCCUCAUCAGCAUGCUCCCCAGCAGCACGCUGCUCCUCCUCCACACCAUCUGCCUCCGCAGCAGUACCCCUAUCCCUACGGAUACCCUAUGGGCUAUGGUCCUCAGGGCGGUCUCCAGGGAGUGCCUCGGCCUCCCCAGCAGCAGCCCCCUCAGACACAGCCUCACCCCCAAGCCCAGCAGCAUGUCACAUCACAGCCUCAGCAGGCUCCUCUACCACAACAGUCUGCUCCUCAGCUCCACAUGCCUCCUCACAUGCAGCAGCAACAGCAGCAGCCUCCUGCGCCCACUUACAGACCCACAUUGAGCCCUGAAGUGCCUCAGAUGCAGCAACCUACUGUAUCUACUCCUCAGGAAGUCGUUGCUCCUCCGGCGCCUACCUCUGCCGGCUCUGCUUCUGCUCCCAUGUUACAACUGCCUCCGCUCCGAUCAGUAGCGUCUCCCCCCACAUCGCCUUUACAGCCCCUGUCCAACCUGCCACCAAAGCAUGCACCCUGGUCCAAGGAGGAGGAUGAUCUUCUGGUGUCUCGAAAGGAUCUCGACGUGGUGGAACUGUCUGUGCUGCUUCCCAACCGGCUGAGUCAACAGAUCCGAUCGCGGUUGUCCUACCUCAACAGCGACCCCACGCUGUGCUCUCCCCCUUUAGGCACCGUCACACUUCCUCCGAUCAUACCCGCUACAGACGUUGCUGGCGUCAAGGUGCAGGAGGUUCCUGUUUCCGUGUCCGACACGUACUUCCCCAGCAGCUUCAUGCGAAGCAAGGGUAGCAUGAGUGCCGGUAGCAGUGGUAUGGGUGGCAUUGGUGGAGUCGCAGCUCUGUCAGCAGCGGCAAGUCUCGCAGCAGUAGCACACAGUGAGGGGAGCCCAACGGCAGGUCAUCGACCUGCCCCCUCCUCUGUUCCUGCAUUCAGCCCGCCCUCCAAGCGGACCAAACUCGACAUUCCUCCCUCCACACAGCCCAAGCUCCAGGCCAAGUUGAUAACCGAGUUGGAAAAGAGCAAGUCGCCGCAGACCCUGGGUUCGCUCUCGAAUCUGUCAUCGCCGCUGUCUUCCACGUCGUCUCCUGGUACGGGCAUGAUUUCGCCGGCCAUAAACCUGCCUACUCCUAUCACCAGUGGCAGCAACAAGCCCGGCGCAAGUACGUUGCCCAACAAGCGGCUUUUGGGUCUGGGAACUCCGCAUUACUUCCCCAGUCCCCGAACGAGCACGCCCAAGGCGACUAGUGGGAACUGCUACUUUGACAAGUAA